AUGUACAGCGAUUUAUAUCGCAUACUACGAUAUUUGCGUAUAUUUCAUUCUGAUGUAAGUCAUGACAUGACUGAGAGACGAAAGUUGUGUCGUGGUUGUUACCCUAGAUGGAAGCAUCAACCUACAUAUAAGUUCGAGAAAGGUGAGCGUCGAGGGAGUGUGAACGUGCAGCUUGAUGUCUUGUUCCAAGCUGUGGAGAAGAAGAAGCUGCAGCAGCUGCGGGAACACCUUCCUGGGGCUCAGAGCUGUGUCAACGGGCACAGCGGCGCCUUCUAUAUCACUCCUCUACACGCAGCUGUGGAACUGGGUUGGACAGAGGGAGUCCAAGAGCUGCUCCUUCAAGGAGCUUCAGUCUGCAGCAGGAACCAGUAUGACCAGACUCCACUGCACUACGCUGUUGCUGCCAAACAAGAGGAGAUUCUCGCCCUGCUCUUAGACAAUCGUAGUAGUGUUGGAGCCAUCAACCUGCAUGAUAUGAGAGGUACGUCUCCUCUCCACGAGGGAGCAGCUAGUGGCAGUGUAGCAAUAGUCAAGCUUCUGCUGGAGAAGGGUGCAGUGGUCGCUACCAGAGACAAGCAAGGAGAGUCACCUAUGCACAAAGCUGCCAAAGCUGGAGCUUUUGGAGUUAUGGUGAUCUUGCUUCAACAUGGAGCCGACCUAAGAGAGAAAGAUUACAGAGGCGUGUCUGCCCUGCGCUGGUUGAUGCUCACUAGUCCUGACGGUCUACAACACCUCCUGGACCACCUGCUCAUCACAAGUGUGGCAGGCAACAGGCGCUCCCCAGUUACCUUCGACUUUUCAGCACUUGUCACUAACUCUGGCACUCAGCAGUGCCAGCUACUCUCGUAUUUUAUUGAAACUGACAACUGUGACAUUCUCGCCCAUCCUGUGUGCCAUGUCUUCCUUCUGAUCAAGUGGAAAAGAGCAAGACUUGUUUUCUUAGGAUAUCUUCUCUAUUUUAUUAUUUUCGCUUUUUUAACGGGUUUGUUCCUGUUUAACCGGCUGCUCUGGAGUAACCGCGACAUAAACAACCAAACUACAACACAGCAAAACGAAACAGCAUCCAUUGAUCCCUCGUCUGAUGACCAAGGUCAAGUUUUCCCUCUACCUGACCUCUGGAUGAAAGUGUGUCUGUGUAUACAGAUUCUGAUACUAACAGUUAGCCAUCUGAACCGCAUUAGACUCAAAGGACUCGCAUAUGCAAAAGCUCCAUCCUUUUGGCAUAAUACUGGUUUAAUUGUAUGUGUGUUAAGCUUAAUUGCGUCUUCUUGGCAUCAUGGACCUGCCAGUAUCGCCCCCUGGGAGCACCACAUUGCUAUCAUAGUCUUCCUUCUUCUGCAGCUGCAGUUUCUUCUCAUCCUUAGGAAGUAUCCUUCACACGGUCUCUACGUAGCUAUGUUUAUCAGAGUGGCAGAGAACUUCCUGCGAAUAUUUUUCAUCUACAGCACUUUGCUUGUGUGCUUCUCUCUAACACUGUUCCUGGCCUUCAACAUGUACUAUCAUAAGGACCCCGUCUACAAAAGUGGUUCGUUGCUGUUCCUUAAAAGCUUGACUAUGAUGGUUGGCUCAGUGGACGUCAAUAAGAGCGUGACAGAUCAGCUUGACCGUCUACCCUACACCAGUUACAUCAUCUUCCUGCUCUUCAUCCUGCUCAUCUCCAUCGUGUUGUCCAACUUGCUGGUAGCUCUAGCAGUCAGCGACAUCAGGGAGCUCCGCGCCUCUGCUCACCUCAUGAGACUCGGAAGCAUGGUGGACGCCAUCGGGAAUAUCGAGCAGCUGUGUGACUUCCCUCUGCUGCGUCACUUGGCAGACUAUUGUCGUCUUGACACCCGCGCCUGCCAGGUGCGUCUCUGGCCCCAGCACGAUGCCAGACAACCUUCAGUAGUGGUGGCGGAGCGGGAGGCUCACUCGGGUUCUCCACACUCGAGGUUGCACUGCUGGACCUGGCUACUUCACCGCCUCCACCGGCAUCGCUACGAGAUCCACAUCCCCGCUACUUUACAGGAAGAGAUACUCAACAGAAUUACAGCCAGGGAAUACGUCAGUAUAGAUUCUGAUAUGAAAGAUGGUGAGCAGGAUGUUAAAACUAUCUACAGUGAAAUUAUGAGAAGACUGAAGGCUAUUGAAAUUGCAAUCUCCCGGUAAUUCCUCAGUUAUGUAUAAUUACGUAUUUCUGUACUUAAUAAUAUGUUUAAUACGAGCACAGUUUUGCUAAAUAUAAAAUGUUGAAGGUGGUAUACUUUUCUAGCGUCGAAUUCUUUAACUUAAGUAUAAUACUGAGAGGCUGAUGAUUAAGACACAUGUGCAACAGUUGGGUAUCUUUAUUGAUGUAACGUUUCGCCCACACAGUAGACUUCUUCAGUGAGAUACAGAGGAGUACUGAGAAGGUACACUUGCUUCUCCUCUAAUUCCAUUACUUUAUCAGUCUCCCAGGUCUUCUUGUUUAUCUUCCCAACAUUCCUCUUCUUCACAUCAUUCUCACAACUGAGCUGAAGCUGUAGGAAUUAUAUGGCGCUUAAGAAAUGGAAGGAACCGGAGGUAAUCAGGUUUCAUCCAGUGAAGGAUAGUGUGUGAUCUUUCCCAGCAUCAGUGCACAUCUUCCUGAAGGAUAGUGUGUGACCUUUCCCAGCAUCAGUGCUGGGUUGAAGAUAACUCUUGGUAAUACUUCAGAGAUGAUGAAGUUGUCUUUAUUUUCUUCAAUCAUUUCUGAAGUGACGGUGGUAGUAAUUAAUUGAGUAAUAUUUCAACGAGGAGUUACAUUUACAUAUUUUUACUUUCAUAUUUAAAAAAAUAAAAAACGGAGACGUAUUUUCAAAUUGCAUCAAUAGACGUCUCAAGAUACUCCCCAGAGAGGGAGUCAAGGCCGGGUCACCACUACUUGGAAAAGACCCGGGUCGGGAGAAUACCGGCGAAUUAAAAAAAAAAAAGGCAUGCCCAGCCCUUCUAGGGUAGGAUAGGUGCCUGAGUCAGAGCUUGCAGCUCACAAGACUGUCAUUCCCAUUAACCCCCUUGGGGCGGGGAUGGCAGACCAGGGAGGCCUAGCUUCUCCCUACGAGCCCUGUGAGGGCGGGGUAUGUGGCUAGGCCUGGGGACAGUUGGUCCCAAAGAUGAGGGGGUUCUUGUACCUCCUACCAUGGGAGACUUAGGUCUCAGACACUCCCUAGACAGGGAGCCAAGGCCGGACCACCACUUGGAAAAGGCCCGGAGCCGGGAGAAUACCGGUGAAUCUUUAAUAAUAAAUAAUAAAGGUAAACUUUACCAGUACGUCCUUAAAUUACAAAAAAAGGCACAAUACCGUGACUGGAACGAUACACAAAU